CGUACUGUACACACACUGGACUCGGAGGAAGGUUUGUUUACUACGGCAGGAGCAGAAACAUGAAAUUUUUCCAUGACUCCACCUCUUUUCUUCUCUACCUGGUAAUACUGGCUGAGCUGUUUGUCCAUUCAUCGUCCCGUCCCACCCCUUGUCCGUACAGCGUGUUUGAACCAAUGAUUCAUCAGUUGGACAAGAUCAUCACCUCCUCCAAAAAACUCCAUGGUUUGCCAGAAGCCGAGCUUGUGACCUUCAUGGACAUAGAACACAAACUGGACAGUCUUCCUGUAAUAAAACACACUGCUGCCCAUCUCAGCUCGUUGAAGGUUAACGAGUCUCUCUCUCAGCUCUACGUGUACGUCGAGUCCUUCAGGCUGCACACCAAGUGGUUGAAAACUACACAAGAAAAUGUCAGUGUGCCCUUUCAGGCAGCUGAGGGCGCCAGCACCCACCUCGAGCAAUUGUCCUAUCUCACCAAAAAAUUUCUAGAAAAGAUCGGUGAACAAGUUCCUCAGACGGCGUCUCCCUCCCUCCCGGUCGUCUCCACAGCCUUCGAGUCUCUCAGGUUCUCUGUAGAGAUCUCAGACCGACUACAAGUCUUCUGUCACUGGUCAAAAAGAAUCUUACGGCAACUCCAGAGACGAUCCCCCUGUUCAAAACAUUAAGCUCAAACCUCCAAGACAAAACUAGUGUGUGAUGUCUUCCUACAUAACCACUGUCACAUUUUAUGCUUUUCCCUUCAGCAUUUGAGCUGGACUAAAAAAUAUUGAAUAUUUGAUAUCAUAUCAUGUCGUGGUGUGAUAUGCUAUUUAAUUUUUCAUUACUCUCUGAAAUUUUUCAUAUUUGAUUGAGGUCUAUGAUACAUAACUGAGUUAAACGUCUCAACAGUGAUAGGGUAAUAGAUGCUGAUGUCUCCCUUGAGAUGAACGGUCUGACUUCUUGUCUGUAUUUUAUUUGUUUAAAAUUCAGUUACUUCACUUUAGUUUAUUUUUUAACAAAUGCCUUUAAAACUGCAACUCCCAGCUGGACUAAACUUUGUGUUUUGUGCUAAUAAGCCACUUUUAGCAUGCUAACAUGCUAAUCUGAGACAGUGAAUAUUAUAAACCUGAUAGCACCAAAAUCUACUGUCAUUGUUAUCGUGAGCAUGUUAGUGAGCUAACAAUGGUCUUAAAUAGCCACUGUAGUUAAAGUACAGCCUUAUGAAGCUACUAGCAUGUGGUGAGUAGAGAGCAGACCUAUAGAAAAAGUUCAAAAAAUGCAAGAUAAAGAUUUCAGCAUUUAAAAUUAGAGAAAUCUUACUGGAUUAUUGGGAUUUUCUUUAUGCUGCCUGUCAUUAAGACCUAUUUUGAGAAAAGGAAACAGAAUGUACUGUACGUUAAUGAAAUUUGCUAUUUAUAAGAAAAUAUGUGUAUGUCACAGUUUACGUGUGGCCUCUGAAAAUGUAUUGUAUUGAUGCACUGUGCUAAGGUACUGUCACCCGUGACCUUCACUCCCUCUCAGACUGUUUACACUCACAGUGCCUGCUUUUUGUUGGUUUAUUCCGCGAGCUAAAAACUUUGGAGAACAGUUCGUGUUUUUUAUUGUUAUUUUCGGUACAUAUUUAGGUUACUAUUUAUAAGCUUUUAUAUUAUGUAUUUGUAUGUUAGCUGCAGAUGCAGGCAUCCCCAGCUAAACAUUUUUUUUAAAGUAUUUUGUAAUAUUUAAUAAUAAUAUCUAUUAUCAUUCUAUAAACCAUCAUAUUGCUAUUUAUAUAUUUUGUAUGUCUUGUUUUACAGUCAUUAAUA